AUGGAACCCAAAGUCAUUGAGAUGGCAGCUCUUGGAAGGGCCCUGCAUCCUGGCAUGCUGUAUGACUGCCGCAGUGAUUCAUUUAUUCCAGGUGUUACUCUGUGGGAUAAAGCAUCUUUAGAUAAAGAUCUGGAUGUACGUCGACAGCCUAAGACCGAUCUGAAAUUUCUCGCUUCUGACUCUGUGCGUGAGAAGGCCAGCCUCAUAGAUGUGAGCGCCUCACUUAAGGCCAGCUUCCUGGGUGGUUUGAUUGAAGUUGGUGGCUCAGCCAGAUUUAUGAAUGACAAAAAGUCUUCAGCACGUCAGUCCCGGGUUACUAUGUACUAUGGUCAGACUACGAAAUUUGCACAACUUACCAUGACCCAGCUGGGCAAAGUUACUUACCCUACAGUGUUUGAUGACAAGACAGCAACUCAUGUUGUCACAGCUGUACUAUAUGGAGCUCAAGCUUUCAUGGUAUUUGAUCAAACAGCUGCAUCAAAUGAAAACAUACAAGAAAUUGAAGGAAACUUGAACAUAAUGGUAAAGAAGAUUCCUUUAUUUAGCAUUGAGGGAAGUGGAGCGCUGAAGAUGACAGAGCAAGAAAAACAAACGGCUACUAGUAUAAACUGCACUUUUUAUGGUGAUUAUCAGACUGAUACAAAUCCCACCACUUACAUGGAAGCACUGCAGCUGUACACAAAAUUACCUUCUAUUUUAAAGCAACGAGAAAACGAUGCUGUACCAAUGAGAGUCUGGCUCUAUCCUCUUGCACGUUUGGAUAGUAGAGCAGCUAGGCUGGAGAGAGAAAUUGGUGAGACACUGAUCUCUAAAUCAGAAGGUUUACUGGAGAAGAUUGGAGAGGCAGAUAUAAUAUGCAAUGACUUAAUUGAAAAUGCAACAGCCAAUGAUUUUCCAGAUGUGAAACAAAGAGUAAAGAAGUUUCAGGAAUCACUUUGGCAGUACAAGGGAAUGUUUCUAAAAGCCCUCAGCAAGCUUCUUCCUAUGAUUCGGGGAGGGGAGGAGAUAGACAAGACACUAGCAAACCUCUUAAUCAUCAAUGACAAGUCACCGUUUACAGAAAGCACAGUCAGUACAUGGUUAGAGAACAGUCAGAGUGAACUGAAUCUGCUGUAUUCCUAUAGCCAGCAACUGAGUGGGAUUCAAAUUAUGAAAUCCUUUGGCUCUUUGACCAACGUUUUUAUUGAUCCGACUGUUGACACUGUGGUAUGCUUUACUUUUACUUCUCUGAAGAACCAUCCAUAUCUGUCCACAGUGAAAGAAUUUCUUAAGCCAGAUCAGUUUGAAAAACUGACUCCAGUUCCAAAUUCAAGUGCUGAUGACAUUCAGUUCUGGUUCAGCAAUUAUGACACUGCUGAAAGCAUGAAAGAAAAUCUUGUUCUUUUCAAAAGCUGUUUUGAGUUGCAUAAGAAUAAGAAGCAAAUCAGGUUUGUCAUUGCCGCAGUCUUAGACACCUCCUAUCCUGGAACCUCUAUACGCUUAUACAAAAAAGGGAAAUUGGUAGACAGCAAGUUUCAGCCUGUAUCUAAACCUCCUGCACUUCAAGUAGAGAUCCAGGGCAUGAAUGUCAUCCUCAAGCUUCAGAAGUCCCAAACUGGAUCAAUAGUGCGUUACAGAGUGGAGUACAGAACAACACAAGAUCCUGAAGGAUGGAAAGUCAUAGAAACUACAGAUGCUCCAGCAACAUACACUUUGACUGGACUGGACGUAUCAAACCAGUACUGGGUCCGAUACAGAGCUUUUGAUGAUGUGGGAAUGAGUGAAGCAAGUGAUGCUGUCACCGUCUCUUUCAGUGGGAAGCUCAAUGUUGUUCCACUGUGCCAGCCAGGGGACUGGAUUGCUGCUCCUGUUUGUAAUGAACUAAGAAAGAAAUUAGUGACUACAAUUGGCAUAUCACGGUGGAGUUUUUCAACUAUUCAGUCUGAGGUUACAACUAUUGCAAACAAUGUUGUAUAUGUAAAUGGACAGCGGAAUCUCUUUUUUAAGCACCGCAUGCCAGUGAAUAGCAUAACUCACAUUGAGAUCCUUGGAGAAGUCAAUAUUAACACCUUUGGUAUUAUUUCGAACUGGAGCAAAUCUACCUUUUCUAAGGAACUAAGCAGUGGCGCUUCCCGCCAGAAAUCUUCUAACAUCCAGUCUGAUAUAACCUAUCCAGUUUGCAGCCCAGUAAUUGUGAAUGGUAUGCCUUUCUGGACGUUUAAACACCGUUUACCAGUGAAAAGCGCGACUACACUUUUCACAAAUGAUGUCUUCAUGAACUACUUUGGCACUUUUGAGUUGCCGAUUAGCAUUCCUGCUCAGACUUAA